AUGCUGCGCGCGUCCACUUUGCACAAGGCAGGCGCUCUCGCAAAACAUGGACUCGCCGUAGCCACUCGACCUGAACUCGCUCCAGCUCCUUCCCGACUUUCCGCUCUUGCCCUCACUCGACCUGAACUCGCUCCAGCUCUUUCCCGACUUUCCGCUCUUGCCCUCACACGACCACUUCGCUCUUACGCAACCACUCCCAAACACAUUCGGAAACGACAAAAGGCUGCACUUGAAGCCGAACGCCCUCCUCCUUUCCUUCGUCAUGUCGAGCUUCUCCGAGAUGCCCUCAAUGCAAACAAUAUACCACAAAUAGCCUCCGCCUAUAAUGUCCUUCGCAACAAGCUCCCGCUUGGUGAACAAGAUGUCGCAGACAUUGCAAAGUCUCUACACACCUCAUUGAGACUGCUCUCCUCGUCUGUCCGCCAGACUCGAAUACCUGCAGAACUCAAUGACCUUACCGAUCUUCUGGUCCUAGACAUCCAGGCCAAAGUCCUGCCUCCGAGCUACGAUGCGCACUUGCAUCUGUUGAGUUUUUAUAAAGAGUCGGCUGCCUAUGACAAGGGAACUGCCUUCUGGUCCUGGUUGGUCAAACAAGAUGACGAUUAUGUCAACGCGAAUCUCUACGGCGUCGCUCUCGAGCUCUUUGCCUUCCAGGGCCGUCCCGCCGAGGAUACCGAGCAGUUGUAUGAGAAAGCUCUUGCCCGCUUCCCUGGCGUCUUUCUUCACUAUCAUCUUGCCCACAACGCAGUCGUCGCCGAUCGCCGUCAACCCAACGUCAUUUUUGGCAUUCCUAAAGCCCUUCUACAAGGUAUCUUGACAGCUCGCAUCUUGCGUGGCGAUGCCAAAAAUGCUUAUCUCACCCUGGAUACCACCAUGAGACUUUUUCCCGCCAAGCUCCCUGCUCGCUUCGUCACUCUCUUUGUGCAAGAACGUCCUGUAGAUGAAGCCUACAAGGUCUUUAUGCUCGCCUGUCAAGCCGGUGCCUCUCCUGGUCAUGAUGCCCUAAAGAUCCUCCUGACAAGACUGAGGAAGAUUGCCGCAACAGAGCCUAUUAAGAAUGCUGCUAUCUUGCGUGCCAUGAUCACGAUUUGCUAUGCACACACGGCCUCCGGUGCCCCUCUACACAACAAGUCUCUCAAUGAACUCGUCAUAGCCAUUACUGGUCUUUUGAAGGACCAUGCCUAUACAAAGAUGUCUUCCGAUCAAUUGCGACCUAUUACCAAUGCUAUCAGUACUUUGCUAAGCGAUCUGUUUGGCAUUUGGGCUAGCCAGAAUUCCCCCCCUGGCAUAGCCUCGUUCAAUUCGAUGAUCGCCAAUCUCGCUGGUCGAGGUAGGCGUCAGGACAUCAUAGAUCAUGCCCUCGAAGCUAUGGAACACUACAGCCUCAAGGCCAACACAGUGACUUUUCGUUCUAUCCUAGCAGCUGCAGGCGAGAUGGGCGAUCCUGAAGCAAUCCGAUCGGCUUGGACUGAUCUAGUCGCCAAUCGCAUCGAAAAAGGUGCCGCUCUGGAACUCGUAGACUGGCAAAACUUGUUGAACGCUACUAGACGUGUCAACGACCCAGACUACUUGCAACAACAGCUAGUCAACUUCCAACAGAUUGUCCCGCCUCAUAUUCUGGACCGAAUGAACACGGCGCUCCAGGCUGGGAACUUCUCGAGACAGCUCAACCCAGACAAGGACAACACUUCAAACGAUACAAAGACGAUAUCAAGAUCUAUGAAGAUCCUCGAACUACUCAAGCGAGAUGUCACAUACUUGUCCGAGCACGUGCGUCUGGGUCGUAAUUUCUACACCGAGCCUGUAUCGCUUUCUUUGCUCAAAACCUCUAGCGUAUAUGCAAACGUGCCGGAAGAAUACAUUCGUACAGUGUACGAUGAAAUGACGACAGACUCGUCAACAGCCCAAAAUCUCCUCCCAUCAUCAAUUUAUGAACCAAAGAUAGGGGCUGAGCAAGAGGCAGAGACAGAAGUAGAGGCCGAAGCAGAAGCAGAAGCAGAAGAGCGGGCACCAGCGAUGAGCCCAACAGGAUAUCCACUUGACGAACUGCGAUACCAAAAUUGGAAGACGGUUAACCAACUACUGUUUGACGCAAAGCUGCAUGAUAAGGAAUACAUGGAUGCUGUCGACGAUGCCAUCAAGCGUGGUACGUCACCGCCUAGUCGCGACACAGAAUUGAGCAACGUGCCGACAAUCGAUGAGUUUGUUGGCUUGAGCGACUCAGCAGUCAAAUCUACCGACAAUAUACAAAGCACUAAUGGCGGGAAACAAAUGACACUCGACGAGUUCGGCGAGAAAAUCUUCGAGCUUCGCGGUCGCAAAGCUUGA